AUGCCUCCCCGCCAGACCACCUAUUCCUUGAACAAGCAGCAGAUCAUCCAGGAUGACAGCGGGGACGACAUGCCUGACCUGGCGAGCGCCGACGACGACACAGAUGCCAGCGACUCAGAGACGCGAGCCCCGCGCCGUGGUGCCGGCACCCAGCAGCCGCAGCAGCAGCGCGGCGCGGGCGGCAGCGCGCGCCAACCAGCGGGCCGAGGGGCAGCGGGGGGCCGGCCGGCAGCUGGUGUGGCGGCGGGUGACACAACAGACGAUGAUAGCCUGCCAGGCCUAAUAGAGGAACCUGAUGAGGAGUCAGAGGGGAAAGAGGGGCGGGCAGCUGCGGAGGAUGAAGACGACGACGAUGAGGGCAUGCCGAGCAUGGCGCGCCUGCUGCGCGGAGUCACUGUGGAGAUGAACCUGGGCGGCGGCAGCGACAGCAGCAGCGACGACGACGCCGACGUGCCGGGCCUGGUGUCUGACGCCAGUGACGCUGGGGACUCGGGGGACGAAGGUUACGGCCCGCCGGGCGGCAGCCGUGGCAGCGGGACGCGAGGAUAUGCUGGCGAAGGAGGGGCCGGCGGGGCCAGGGGGCCCAAGGGCCGGGCAGCCAGGGGCUCACCGCUCAACGCAGGCUUCUUCAACAAGACGCAGACCCCCGGCGGCGCCGUCCCGGAGCGCUCGUCCCGCCCCUACUCUGCCACUGGGAGCGGUGCGCGGGAGGAGGUACGGGGCGGGGCGCGGGCGCAGGUGCCUCUGCAGCCGCCGCCCGCCGCCCAGUUUGCUGCGCACCAGAAGAAGAAGAAGGCGCCGGCGGAGCCGGUGAAGGUAGAGCGUGUGGAGGCGGAGAGGGCGACCGGGGACGAGCUGGCGGCGGCUCUCAAGAUGGAAGAGGAGCACCGCAAGGCUCUGCGCAAAGCAGCAGGCCUGGAAGAAGAUGAGGAGGCGGAAGUGGAGGAUCCAGUGCUUGCCGGCUGCGCCCUGGGUGACGACUGCACAGAGGGGCACGCCGACGCCCACGGCUUGCUCCGGGCCUCCCAGUCAGACCGCUACGAGCUGCGCUGCUCGGCGGGCCACCGCCUGCUGUACCACAAGCCCUGCUGGCGCAAGGACACAGUGCGCAUGGUGGAUGGCAAGGGCGGGGAGGAGAUGGUAUCUGGCAAGGACUUCAAGUUCAGCUACUACAAGAAGAGCGACCGCAAGAAGUGUGUGCGCCCCGACUGCGACGGCAUCCUGGUGUUCAUCGAGGGCCCCAACAAGUAUCCCAUCCUCAACAUCGAGGAGGAGGUCAAGAAGGAGCAGGCUGGCACGCCGGCGCAGCAGCAGGUGGAGGAGGAAGAGCCGGAAUGGGUGAGGUACCAGGCGGCGCAGGGCAAGGAGCGGCGGUUCCGGUUCAAGAAGGGAAAGGCCAAGGCGGCUGAGGAGGAGGAGGAGGUGACGCGGGCCGCCGCUGCUGCCGCUGGUGCUGCAGUGGAGCCCGCCACGGCCAGCUUCGGCAGCAGGAAGGCACAGCGCGUGCAGCAGCAGCAGCAGCAGCAGCUAGAGGAGGAGCAGCAGGCGGAGCAGCAGGACGCGCAGCCGGCGGCCGCGGCUGCGUCGCGGCCCUCCCCCAGGGCUGCAGCGGCCGAGGAGGAUGAGGAGCCCUCCGCCCCAACGCCUGCGCUUCCAGACGACCACCACCUGCGGGCCCUCAAGCGGCAAGACAGCGACGAGGAGGAGCUAAUGGCCAUGGGGCGGCGCAAGGGCAAGGACAAGGGCAAGGCGCCUGCGCGGGAUGGCGGCAUAGAGUACGAGGAUGGCAAGCCCGACAAGCGCAAGAAGAAGGGCGUGAAGCUGGUGCUCGGGGCGCCGUCCAUCGCGGAGCAGCGCAGGCAGGCGCUGGAGCAGCAGGGGAUGGCGGGAGAUGAGGAGGCAGAGGGCGGCCUCGCACGGCGCCUGCAGAGCCUGGAGGUCAGCCCGCUGGACUUCCCAGAUUUGGAUGAGGCCCAGCAGAUUGCCGAGCUGGAGAAGCGGGGCAGGGAGGAUGGCGAGCGUGCUGCGCGCGAGCUGCACAGCGCGGCCCUGCUGAGCGCGCUGCGGUCGUUCAGGGCGCGAGAGUUUAGGCCCGACGACCCCAGCGGGCCCUCGGUGGUGCUGGUGGGCAAUCUGGACUACCGGCGCAUGCACGACGACGAGGGCAUCCGACCGGAGAUGUUCCUCAGGCACGCGGUGUGGCGACGAAGCACGUUCUCAGAGUAUGGCCCCGUCAAGGAGCUGCGCAUGUAUGAGGCCUGCAAGGCUGCGCUGGUGUCCUUCCGCAACACAGCCGCAGCGUACAAGGCCUACAUGCUGCUCAGCCAGAAGGUGGAGGCGCUGGCCCAGGCGCACAAGGAGGAGGCGAGGAGGCGCGCCGACGGCGUGGAUGACAGCGAGGAGGAGGAGGAGGCGGGCAGCAGCAGCAGCAGCUGGGCGCACUUGUACGCGGCAGACGCCCAGUCAGCCAGGCCCACCUCCGGCAGCGCCAGCCGCAGCCAGCCCAGCAUCACGAUCACCAUCCCCGGGAAGGCCGCUGCUGCAGCCAGCGGCCGGGCGCCCCUUUCGGUGGCCGGCACGGGAGACUUUGCGGGUGCCGGCGGCAGCGGCGCAGGCAGCUACAGCAGCGGCUACGGAGGGCUGAGCCCCUCUGCUGCCGCCGGCGCCGCGGCGCAGCCUUCGGCUGGCCGCGGCGGCGGCGCCAAUGGCAGCCUGCGAGUGGCUGCCUCGGAGUUUUGCCCGCAGCCGGCGCCUCCGGCAGCAGAGCGGCCCCAGCAGGACCCCAGCAGCGACCCCCUUGUCACAAAGUUCCUGUCAGGCCAGCUCAUCGCCACCAGCGAGACGCACUACCAAGCGUACCUCGAGUAUGGGGACGAGCCCUUUGGCCUGCCGGUGGCCUAUUUGGAGAAGGUUGGGCUGGUCACUCCUGGCAGCAUAGCGCUGCUGAUGUGCGACCCCCAGGCAGGGCGUAUCCACGGGGUGUGGGCCGGGCAGCAACGGACCCACCUGGAGGAUUCCCGGGAGGUGGUAUCCUUCAAGGCCGAGCGCAUCAUGCCUGCGCUGCCGCUGGACCGAGUGUCGGGGCUGCUGCAGUGGCAGGGCGGCGCGGUGAAGCUGCCGCAGAAGCUGCCCGCAGCCACGAUGCAAUCCAUCGUGCUGGCACUGGUGGAGCACGAGCAGGAGGAACAGCGGCAUGCAGCGGAGGUGGAGGCGGCUCGCUCAGCCCCACAGGGAGUGGCCCGGGCCGCCGUGCACAGCGCCAGCAGCAACGCCGGCGCCGGUCUGGCGCCGCUGCCGCCGCACCUGGCUGGGGCGCCGGGGGCGGCGGCCGGCGCUGCGCAGCGCAAGCAGCAGCAGGACGCGCCGGUGUGGGGAGCUGAGCGCCUGCGGCGUGAGCAGGAGGAGCGAGACGCUGAGCUGGCGCGGCAGAUGCAGGAGCAGCUGAUAGCCGAGGCUCGCCUGGAGGAGCGGCAGCGCUUGGCGCAGGAUGCCCGGGUGGCGGAAGUGAUGCUCAGCAGCGCCGCGGCGGCGGCCCCGCCGGCGUAUGGCUACGCCGCGGCAGCAGCGGCGCGCCCCGCGGCGGCCCCGGCAGCGCCGGGCCCGCGCCCGGCCGGCCCUACCGGCCCCGGCCUCUUUGCCAGCUUCUCCUCGCUGUUCCCGGGGCAGCGCCCGCCGGGAGCCAGCAGCCCACAGGCCGCGCGGCCGCCGCCUGCACCAGCAGCCCCGGCAGGAGCACCAGCAGCAGCAGCGCCGGCGCCAGUGGCCCCGGCAGCAGCACCGGCUGCCCCUGUGGGAGCAGCAGCGCCCCGGCCGUACCGCCCAGUUAUGGGAGGAGUGUACCGUCCGCCUAUGGGCCCUGCCGCCGCAGCCGCCGCAGUCGUGCCCUCGGCUCCUGCCACCGCGGCCCCAGCUGCACCCUCGGCCGCCGCUCCUGCACCAGCCGCCGCCGCCCCUGCAGCCGCUGCCGCCGCUCCUGCUGCGGAGCCCGCGGCUGCAGCGGCAGCGCCUGCGGCGGCGCCGCCUGUCAAGAACCCGUGUGUCAAGUGCAAGCAGCGGGAGUCGGUCAAUAUCUGGAUCCCCUGCGGCCACCACGGCCACUGCCCCGAGUGCCUCCCCGACAGCAUGCCCCUGCCGGACAAGCUGGCGCAGUUCCCGGCCUGCCUGCAGUGCGGCAAGGCAGCCUCCUACUACAUCCGCAUGUUCGCCUGA